AUGAUGAAGAGGCAGUUUAAUCGGAUGCGGCAGCAGCUGUCCCAUCCCAACAUCAUCAGCCGAACCCAAGAAGCAACCGAGCUCCUGCCAGAAGAUUUGCUGCAGAUCGAGCAAAGGAUCGAGCCAGCCAAGCGGGCAGCUCACAGUGUGUCCAAGAGGCUCCAAGCCUGCCUGCAGGGUCAAUGCGGCUCCGAGAUGGACAAGCGAGUGAAGAAGCUGCCCUUGAUGGCUCUGUCCAUGACGAUGGCUGAGAGCUUCAAGGAACUGGACACAGAGUCCAGCCUCGGGAAAGCCCUGGAGAUGGGCUGCUGCAUACAGAGCUCGCUGGCCAAAAUCCUGGCUGAGUUUGAGAUUGCCCUGGAGCAUGAUGUCCUGCAGCCGCUCAACAAGCUCAGUGAGGAGGAGCUUCCCGUCAUCCUAAAGCACAAGAAGACCCUGCAGAAGUUGAUCUCUGACUGGAACACCAUCAAGAGCCGGCUGAACCAAGCUGCCAAGAGCUCCAGUAACAGCUCUGGUGCUGGCACUGGCCCUGGGGCAUCUUCUGCUGGCAACAAACUGGAGAUCUUAAAGGAAGAGGAGGAGGAGGUGAAGAGGAAGGUGGAACAGUGCAAGGACGAGUACAUGGCUGACCUCUACCACUUCUCCACCAAAGAGGACAGCUACGCCAGCUACUUCAUCAGACUGCUGGAAAUCCAAGCCCAGUACCACCGGCAGUCCCUGGGAUCACUGGACUCGGCUCUGGCUGAGCUGAAGGAAAGCCACAGCCAGACAGAGCCCUCCUUCGCUGCAGACACCCUGGUGGUGGGGUACUAUGGUGUACCCCUAGAGACUCACCUCAAGAGCUUGGGCCGGGAGAUCGCGCUGCCCAUUGAAGCCUGUGUCAUGAUGCUGCUGGCCUCCGGCAUGAGGGAGGAGGGACUCUUCCGACUGGCAGCGGGUGCCUCAGUGCUGAGGAAGCUGAAGAGCAGUUUGGCCAGCGGCUCCAACACACUGGAAGAAUUUUACUCGGACCCCCAUGCCGUGGCUGGUGCACUGAAAUCCUACCUGCGGGAGCUGCCUGAGCCUUUGAUGACCUUUGAGCUCUACAAUGAAUGGGUCAAAGUGGCCAGCUUAAAGGACAUUGACAGCCGUGUACAGAGCCUGCAAGACACCUGCAGCCGCCUGCCCCGUGAGAGCUACAACAAUUUGAGGUAUCUGAUCAAGUUUUUAGCCAAGCUGGCUGAACACCAGGAGGUGAACAAAAUGACCCCCAGCAACAUUGCCAUCGUGCUGGGCCCCAACCUGCUGUGGUCACAGCAGAGCCCAGGAGACUCCACUGUGCAACUGGACUUGGCCUCCGUCUCCUCCAUCCAGGUGGUAGGUGUGGUGGAAGCCCUCAUCCAGAAUGCGGACACCCUCUUCCCUGGAGAGGUAGAUUUCAAUGUUUCGGGCAUGUUCACACCACCCAUGAACGGCGGACUUGGCGAGGCGACCCUGGUGGAAGAGCCAUCCCCUGAGCCCGCUCUAGCCAGCACCCCCACUCUCCCGGAUGGAGAGGCCACCUCAAGGGACCCCGAGGCUGGGUCCCAGCCGGCAUCCCCAGUGGUGACCAGACUGUCUCCCGAAGCCGUGGGGCCACCAGCUCCGCAGAUGACCGACAACACUGCCCGCAAAG